UUUUUAAUGUAUGUCCUUGUUAGGGGCGACCCUGUUUGUCUGUAACUCGUUGUUCCCUUUAAGGAUUCACAUGAAAAUGAGCCACAAACAGCGACGUUACCGGUAACAGUAACGUUAAGGGCUGUAAUAGCUGUUAGUGUGCGCUCAUUCGCACGCGCUCUCUCCCUCAUUCAUACACACACACAUCUCUACAGUCGCUGCCGCACGCGCUCUCCGUCACAUCUGUGUGAGAGACGUGGUUGUCUUUGAAUAACGGAUUAUCUACAUUUCCCCUCGGCUGACCGGGAGCCGCCAUGGAAUGCCGUGUUCUGUCCAUACAGAGCCAUGUAGUCCGGGGAUACGUGGGCAACAAGAGCGCCUCUUUCCCAUUACAGGUUUUAGGGUUUGAGGUGGACUCCAUCAACUCGGUGCAGUUCUCCAACCACACAGGUUAUUCUCACUGGAAAGGCCAGGUGUUGACGGCAGAUGAGCUGCACGUUCUUUAUGAGGGAAUCAAACUGAACAAUGUACACCAGUAUGACUAUGUAUUAACAGGAUAUACUAGAGACACGUCUUUUUUAGAGAUGGUGGUGGACAUUGUUCAGGAGCUAAAGAGAGCCAAUCCUAAUCUGGUUUAUGUAUGUGACCCCGUCCUUGGUGAUCAUGGAUCCAUGUACGUUCCUCAGAAUCUUUAUCCGGUCUACAAGAAUAAGGUUGUUCCUGUUGCAGACAUCAUUACUCCUAACCAGUUUGAGGCUGAGUGAGUG